AUGGGACCAAUAUGGGCAAGUCCAUUUGGGUACGCCCAUAUUGGACCCAUAUGGGUCCCAUAUUACAGCACUAUAAGGAAAAACGAUUUUUCGUUUAUUUAUUUCAUUAGAACUUCUUUACUUUGAGCUAUAGUGUGACCACCUUGGCAUAAAUUGCUUUUAUCUUUUAUAAAAAUCGUAGCAUUAACAUAUAUACAAGCCAUGAGGGACCCAUAUGGGUCCCAUUCGGGCAACCCAAUAAAUAUUAGCAUGCCUGAGCAGGUGCGAGAAAUUAAUUUGUUUAGUUUUUAUAUUGGUUUUAAUUUUUAUAAUCUAAAUAUAAAAAUGUGUUUUUAGACUAUUAAUUCAGAAAUAAUUUAUAAAAAUCAGCAUUUGAUGAAAAAUUUAUUUCGAGCAUGCGCAGACGUGAUUUCCGCUGCCGCUUAAAAUCAAAUUGUGUAUUGAAACGUUAAAUUGUAAAAUUGUACACGAAAACAAUAUUUCAUUUCAAUUCGGAACAUUUAACGACGAUUUCGUAUAACGACCUUUCAUACUAUAUCCUUACAGAUUUAUUGUGUGUGUAGGUAAGUGUAAACGUCAUUUAUUUUUUGUUUUUGCCUUUGCCAUGUAAUUUCGCGAUAGUUUUUGUCAGUUUAAUUUGCGACAUUUUCUAGAAUUUACGCCCACUAUUAGGCACUUUAGCUGGCCUAUGGAUGUGUAUAGUUGUUAUUGUUGAAUAACUUAACUGUGACGGAGUCGACACUAACAUUUUAAUAAUAUUUUUUCUAUCUAGACUAAAUUUUAAGAGGUACUUUUUUAAAGGGACACCAUCAUUUGAAAUCCAGUGACCCGUCCUAGCCUUAGAAGUCCCUUCCAUUUUGUACCAAUAUUUCAUUCAUAAGCAUUUUAAAAUAUUAAAUGCAAAUACUUAUUAUUACAAAUUCAAGUAUUUUUUCCAAGUACCAACCAAGCCCUAUGUUGCACAGGCACGAGUAUCGGACCUGGGAAGAAAAAAUAUGACCCGAUAGAUAAUUAAACCUGUGUUCAUCUUUAAAAAGUCAAAAACCGAAAAAAAUUGUAAAUUAUACCCCCCUUUAAAAACAUACUUUAAGUUAAGAGAAGGCCAGAAACUCCAGAUUCGAGCCUGCAAGCAAGGGAUUCACUUCCCGGGCCGUUGUGAAAACAAUUGUCCAGACAAUUAAAAAAAUCUUUUACCACUUUCACGUUUGUAUUAAGUUUCCAAAUGGGACCGACCCCAAGUCUUUAGCCCUUCCCGUUCAUGAAAUAUCUAUCGGGGAAACAAACGCAUUCGUGCUAAAAAUCCUUGGUAGACAAAAUUGCGGCACAACAAUUCGGUACGUAAACAUAGACUAGUACAUGUUUGCCAGCCGAUUACGGGUCAUAAUCAUAUUGUCACUUGGCGCAAUAACUCACUUAAUGUAUAUAUGUAUUUUAUUAUUACUUAUUAAUGUAUUUUCAUUUUAUUGUAAAUAGGCCAUCAAAAAGGCGGUAUGAAUCGGAUAGUGGCACUGAUGAGAAUGAGACAGACACAGAGAGUAGGCCACCACAAGUUAUUGACCAAGCAACAACGCCCAAAGAGUCACAAAGCCUACUUUCAUCUCCGGCUUGCUUAUCUGCACAGGCAUUGCGAGAGGCCAGCAGUGAUGUGCAAAGUGCUUCUCCAAUACAAGGUGCUUCUGAUACACCCUUCCGUGGGCAGAUUAUUGGGCCCACUGCUGUUACACAGAUUCUCCGAGUCUUGGAGACAAUGCGAGAGAAGAAUCGUGAAAUUAAGAGGAUGGUGCAGCGAAUGCUGUUAAGGUCAGCAGCAGAUGACCAACCGCUGCAACUUCCGAAAGAUAUCUCAUUCCCUAUUCGUUAUCCUGAGCAGAUGGAAGCAUUCGAUGAGCUUCUGGGAGAUCAGACAAUGCUCUCAUCUGUGGUGCGGUUCCUCUCAAUGUUUGGUAUGGCAGAUGUACGGGAAACUGUUGACCGCUUGAUGAAAGAAACCAUGUCAAAUGAACUGGCAAGAAUGUACAAUAUGAAGUGGCUGAAGGGGAAGAAAAAGUUUGUGGGCCUCUAGAUACUGAAUGUAUUGUAUAAAUGUGUCCAAAGGAACUUGCCGACAAAGCCUGCAACGAGGAAGGAUGUUGAAAUAGAGGUUUCAAAGUGGCUGGCUAGGGCGCGGGACCGCGAUGGGGGAAGGAAAGCAAGAAACAAAGUGUCAGAGACCUUACCUGAAGGAAGUGACUCGACAUGUUUUUAAUUUAAAAAUGCAAAUUUAUAGAGGAUAUUUGUUUGUUUGUGUGUAAGAUGAAAUUUUAUAUCAUCAAGAGAGCUUUAAAAACAGUAUUCUCAUGAGUGGCUAUGCGCUCGUGAGAAAACUGUUUUUUAAAGUUCCUUCAAUGAUAUAAAAUUACAUCUUACACAACAAACAAUAAAGUGUCUUUUUAUUUUAUGCUAAUGAAAUUUCCUCAAUAUUAACGUUAGUAUUAAAUCUGUUUUCACCACUGUUAACAUCAAUUUUAGUUGAAUUUAAGUCCAAUUUCUCAUAAAUACAGGAAGUCUUGGGCUGAAAAAUAAGUUUGACAAUCAACGUUGAAUAGCCAUGAUAUUAUUUAUUGAAUUCAAAAAAUUUGAAUGAUGAUAAAAUCUUUAAAAAGUAGUCUCGUCAUAGAAAAGUUUGAAAUUUUAAUCAUUUCACUGUGAAAUUAUCAAAUAUAUUUUUCACGGAUACAUCAGUAAUACGCUCAAAAACAUAAAAUAAAUGACUUUUAUUUUACAUUUUCAAACCUUUACUUAAUCUGCAUAUAAGUUAUUCCACUGAUUGAAAGUCAAUAUGUAUCAAGGUAUUUUUAAAAUGUGAUAAGGGUCAGAACUACAGUAAGCGGCUCAUUUGUUUAUCUUGUUAUACUUUUUGUUGCUAAUUUUAAUGUUUGAGGUCAUCAGCAUAGCAUGUCUUUCUUGUAAAUGCAAAAUUCUUGUCUAGUCAAAUUUUGCCUUCUAGUCAGUAUAUUCUGCUGCUAUGUUAUGUUUGUUGUUGACAUUAUAUGCUGUUUUUCUGUUGUCUAUAUGCUGUUGUUUUUUGUUUUUUUCAUUAAACAUUGUUACUGCACGGAGGAAGGUAGUCUAGUACUGGUGUAACUCUCCAGAAACGAUGGAUGGUUAGGAAACUACCCGCCUAUAUGACGUAAAAGGCGUAAAAUGAAACAAACAAACAAACAAAAAACAUUGUUACUAUUUAAAUCAAGACAUUAAAUGCUUGGGGAAUGUUUUUGAUACUGAUCAAUACAAUUAUAACAUCUUGUCAAAACUUGACACUAACAGGGAACACAUGUAUUGAUAUGGUAUUAACCUUUAAAAUAAAGUUGAAAUACUUUACAAUGAUGAUUCUUGUAAUCUUUAUUGUUGUUAUUGUUGAAACUUUGAUAAUAUCGGAGAAAUUACUGAAACCAACUAUUUUUACUGACAAUUUUUUUAAUGAAUUUCUUCACAACAAAUUUGAUCUUUGUGUAAUAUCACAUUUUAAUUAUUAUUGAUUUUUACAAACUUGUACAAACUAUUUUUUACUUUUCAUCAGCUGCAUAUUUUGUUUACAUGUCUAUAAACAGUAUUUCAAUGUGCCAAGAUUUUGUGUAUUAUAUUUGUUACUUUUCAUUAGCUGCAUAUUUUGUUUACACGUCUAUUAACAGAAUUACAACCGUGCCAACCUUUUGUGUAUCAUAUUUGUUACUUUAGCUGCAUAUUUUGUUAACACGUCUAUAUAAACAGUAUUACAACCGUGCCAACCUUUUUUGUAUUACUUUUUGUUACUUUUCAUUAGCUGCAUAUUUUGUUGACAAUUACAACAGUGCCAACCUUUUGUGUAUUAUAUUUGUUACUUUUCAUUAGCUGCAUAUUUUGUCCACACGUCUAUAAACAGUAUUACAACCGUGCCAAGGUUUUGUUAAUUAUAUUAAUUUUUUUUCAUCAGCUGCAUAAUAUUUUGUUUACACAUCUAUGAACAGUAUUACAACUGUGCCAAGGUUUUGUUUUAUUAUAUUUGUUACUUUUCACGAGCUGCAUAACAUUUUUUUCUUCAGCACUACCAUACCAAAGUGUAAUACAUGGUUGUAAUGAACAACUUUUUAUAUUAAUUGAUGUAGAUCUAUAUCAUUUGAAAAUGAAAGUAAUUGGUAGAUAGAAAUUUGUAAUGAAUUACAGUAAAUGUAUAAUACUUUUUCUAUGAAUUAUGUAGAAAGUUAAAAAGACAUUUGGGGUCAUACUGUUGAUUCACUGAAAUUUAAACAUUAUACACAUAUAUUUCUUGGAGUUCCAAAGACCUUCUGUAAAGUUUUACCAGUGUCUAGCAUAAGUUUCAUUUUUCCUUAUAGUGAUCUGUAAGGUAUCUAAUGUUAUAAAACUGCAUUUUUAAUUAUUUUGUUCGUACAUUAUAAACAGUUUUCCAUUACAUGUUGCUUAUUUAGUGUACCAAAGUAAUAUUUACUACAUAGGACUUUUUGAAUAAUAA